UGAUACCACAAAUUAGAAGCCAAGUAUUUGAUUACAAGAUCUCAAAAUAGAAUAAUUCAUCAUAUCAACUAAAUCAGAGUUCGAAGGUGAGUCUUUGAAAUUCUCACUUGACAAAAGUACAGCGGAAUAGGUCCUUACUAAACGACUUCGUGUAUGAAGACACGAAUCGUAGAGAAAUCCACUUGAUUAUUUAAUAGCAUCGACUCCGAUCAAUAUUCCUUCCUCUUGACGUUCAACCUGUACAUUUAUAAAUACAUGCAGGGCUCGCAGCACCGAUCAAUAUUCCUUCUCACCCGCCACCUGCAUCUGCCCCUUGUCACUCGGCUCCCCCACAUACCGCUCUUCCCCGGUGCUCGCAGCACCGCUGCCGGAGUCCGGCAGAGGCCGUCGCUGCUUCGGGAGGCUCCUGAUGUUGUUGCUGUUCGGGCGAGACUCAAGGCGCGCCACCGCCAUUCGUGCUAUUGUUCCAGCGGCGUCGCCUCCUCCUCGUCUAGGGCUGCCUCUAUUGGAGUUUUGGUGGAGGUGGGGAUCGAUGAAGAUGUGAAGGAAGACAAAGGAUGAGAUUCACUACAUCACUCAUUGUCUUAUUGCUAAAUUUAGCAACUUUGUUGAGGUACUAGGUUUGAAGUA